CAUCCGCUCUUCCAUCUUCAUCAUGUCAGGCGGUCACAAGCGUCGAGCUCUUGUUAUUGGUGGUGGAUUCUCUGGUUUAUUCGCGGCUCAUGACCUUUCUGGCCACUUCGAUGUCACUUUGGUCGAUGCCAAGGAGUAUUUCGAGUACACUCCAGGUGUUCUCCGUGCAUUUGUCCAUCCCGGUCAUUACGAUGCUCUGUCGUUCACCUACCAGCAUGUGCUCGAGCGCAAGAUGGGUAUCAAGUUCCUAUGGGGUGAAGUGAAACAGUUGGAUGGUAGCCGUUUGGUAGCUCAUGUAAAGCCUAUGUUCUCUGAGACCACUGAAGAGGUCCCCUUUGAUUACUGCAUUAUUGCAGCUGGUUGUAACUUUGGUGUCUUCCACAAGUGGGGUGAGAGUCUCUGGUUCCCGACCGUUCACGAGGAUGCUCGACCUGAGGGGUCUUGGCCUCAUAUCGAUGAGAGGUUCAUCGAGGGGCGUCGUAGACACAUAUUCGAAGAGCAUGAGAAGCUGAAGGCUCUGAACAAGAAGAAAGCUUCUGUCCUUGUCGUUGGCGCUGGUUUCAUUGGGGUCGAGUGGGUCACUGAGCUCCAGCACUACUUCCCCAAUCUCAAGUUACAUAUUAUCGAUUUCUUACCCAAGUGCCUUGGUCCACUGCCUAAGUCUGCUGCUGACUACUGUGACCACUAUAUGAAGAAGAAAGGCAUUAAGGCUACCUACGGUAUCAAGUAUGCUCCUGAUGAUCCGGAAUUCUUCAGUAAGAUAGGUAUGAACGGUAAGCCGGACUGCACAUUCGUUUGUAUCGGCGUCAAGGCAUCUAACUACUUCAUGCCCAAGGAGACUCUUACUGGUUAUAAUCCUCUAGAGGCUGACAAGAAAGAGAAAGAUGUUAAGAAGCGUGGUCCUGGCGGUGGUGGAUGGAUUCGUGUCAACAAUAACCUACAAGUCACGCAACUGAACGAUGAUGGUUCUGAAUCGCUAUUCGGUGGAGGUCACAUCUUUGCCGUUGGUGAUUGCAACAUGGUUCCUGGUCUUCCCCCGAUACCCAAGAUCUCAUAUCCCAGCGAAGAGCAAGCUCAGCAUGCUGUCCAUAACAUUCGUGUUAUUGACCAUCUUGAGAAGGGUGCUUGGGCUCCAGGUGGUUGUUGUGGUAUCUUUGGUAAGAAGUCUCUUCGUGACACUUGGUGGCCAUGGGGUGCCGGUAUGUUCGCUACUUCUCUCGGUCCUAAUGAUGCCUGCUUCGUGUUGGGGGCCAAGUCUACUCCUGGUACCGGUCAUUUGGUAUUGUGGGGUAAGGCUUCGGCUAUUCAGAAGACUCUUAUUGAGUCUACUAAGACCAACGAAUGCAAGAGGGGUCUUCUCGGGAGUUCGGGUUGGUAUUUCGUUCAUCAUACGCCUUGUAUGAACUGAUGGAUUUAGCAUGCUUCAUAGUAAUAUUUGUUGGCAUGUCCCUGUGGGUGAUCGUCAGUUAUACGCGUUCGUUGCUAGCUAAGGCUGCACCGCACUCGUAUUAGUUUUUACCUGUGGAAUACAUCAUUCCUCAUUAUUUUCAUUC